UUCUGAAAACGUCUCUAUAAGGCGACUGUCCAACCCCUGGAGUAUAAUAAUAAAUAGGCCAUAGGGAAUGCAUUUGGCAUUCCACAAUGGCACAUUAUUUUCAAUUGAAUUUUGUGCUAUUGAUUAUGCGUUCUAAAGUCUAGAUUUAAAAUUAGUAUACACUUUAAAAGUGAUCAGAAUGCUGUUAAUAAUACAUAACUUACCAGCUUGUAUGCAUUCCAAAGAGAUUAAGGAUUUUAUAAUAGCGAAAAGUGGUAUACAACAGUUAGUCGUGGACAAUCUUAUGUAUGAAAAGUCUGGUAAAAAACAAGUUACUGUUGGCCUACUAAAUGAAGGUGAUGCUGCUAUUUUUGUUAGAAAAAUAAACAGCCUGUAUUUAUAUGGAGAACCAAUAUAUAUUGACAAUGUUGGGCAGAAAACGGACUUGGAACAACCAUAUAGGCCUCCACAAUAUUAUGUAAAUGAAAUGGACAAAGAUGGGUCCCCUGCAGUGGCACAGUAUCAUGUACCCAGUUUUAAACCACCACCUCUUGGAAACAUGCAUACCAUAACAAAACCACCACCUCUUGGAAACAUGCAUACCAUAGCGAAACCACCACCUCUUGGAAACAUGCAUACCAUAGCGAAACCACCACCUCUUGGAAACAUGCAUACUAUAGUGAAUCCAGUUCCACGGCCCGUUGGAAACAUGCCUGGGGGGGCUCAAAUGAUAACUCAGCCACAGGCAGUGCAGGUUCCAGUACCACCAGUUCCAAUGAACAUUGCACAAUAUCAAAGCAAUGCACCAUUCUAUCAAACGGACAAUUACAUUCAAAACCCGAACGCUCUGCAGUCAAACAUUGGCAGUGCCUUUUUACAGCCCAACAGCCUUAAUUACGACAAAAAUGCUGUUGAAGUCGCCCGCAAUUCUGUGAUGAGCUUUCAGUCGGUUAGUCUUCAAAAUAACAGAAGUGACCAAUGCAGUUUAAAUCAGGCACUACAAAAUCGGGGAAUUCAAAGUGUUCAACGCUUCGAGCCUCUUAGUACCACAGAUGAACUACUUCGUAAUCGUAACGGUCUUAAUCAUAACCAAACUUCACAUCCACAUGUCAUCAGCAACAUGAGGAAAGAACCGAGUAUUCCAUUCUCACUGUCAGAAGUCGCAAAACAAAAUUUACCAGGAAUGGCUAGCGUUAAAUCUGUGUAUAAUAGUGACGAUAAAAUGAAUUUUGAAAAUAGUUACCACUUUUCUAAUCUGAACCAAGCAGCGUUCCGAUUAGUUAAACAAAUUUUGAAACAAUUCAAUAUCCUUCCAAAGGAAGCCACUGAACUUUACAGUCAUUCAAAAACAAAAGUUCUUAUUCGCUUAAAAGGUCUAUUUGUUAAUGAACCGUGUUUAGCUCCAGCACAGGCUGUUGAUAAAUAUAGAGAAAAAUAUGCAAUUAGUAAUCACAAAUCAUUUAUCAAAAAUAUAAUGAGGCAAAUAAAUUUUUUUUCCAAUGAAUUCGUUCGUGUUUACAAUCCGCGUCCAAAUCCCUCUCCCUAUAGCGGGAAACGAAAUGAAUCGAAUGUUCAAAAUUCAAGUGGAAAGUUUGUGUCCAAAAAUUUUGGUAAAGAAAAACUUGAUGUAUACUUAUCAUGCUGGAACUACGCAACGCACAAUUUAGCCAUAAAGACUGUGAAGAACACAAGAUCCUCACAUAUUCCAAACGAUCUUUUCAGAAAAUUAAAAAACCUCAUUCAUGCACGCUUAGAUAAUAUCUAUGUUAAUCGGUCGUGCUCGUCUCAUACACAAGCUUUUAUGGAUUAUAGAAAAAGAUUUCCUAAGAGCACCGAUAAAACAUUAAUGGAUAUUCUGCGAAGGAGUUCUGAGGAGAAACGGAAGACAGCGAUUAAAAAAGAACAAACGUGUACUUCAAGUAAUCCAAAAAAUAAUGAAAGCACCAAGGAACCCCAAAUUCCUACAUCCAAGCAACUCCAACGUAAAUUUAAAGAGUCCGAAACAGCGGUGAUAGAUUUGUCGGAUGAAGAAGAUGAAGCACAAGCGAGUAAUUCAAUAUUACAACCACAAUCUGUUGAUAACAAAGAAGAUUCCGAUAUAGAGAUGAUAGACCUGGCGGAUGAAACAGAUGAAGAAGAAGAAAUGAAAGAACUUAUUAAAGAAGAAUUAAUUAAAAAGGAGGUAAUUGAAGAUGAAAAAGUUGGUGAAGAACUAUGUCCUAUUGACAGGAAAGCGUUAAACGAAGAGAUGUCCGCACUUAGGAACCUGCUUAAUGAGGUUGAUAAAGGAGCUGAUCCACAGAACGCACCCGGGAUUUCUUGGGAAUAUUUAAUCGAUGACUUUAAGGGGCUUAUGAGAACACGUACCGAAGAAGUAAUGCGAAAUAAAUCACAGGAUCAGUUCCUUAUAGCAGUUGAGUGCGCCCCGGUAACUAUAGCAUGGGAAACAAUUGAGGCAUUCGUGAUGCCGCGUGUAUUCAAUGCAUCAUCAACACAAUUAUUCACUAAGAUAUCGGAACAAGACCAGAAAUGGAUUGUGGGUUGUAAAAACUUCGAAGUAUUCGACAAAUUGUGUAAAAUCCUUUCAGUGCGGAUUGGAGAUGUGACGGUAACAUUUGAACCGUUCAACUUAUUCGUACAUGAGAAUCACUCCAACUAUGUAGCAAUGCAAGUUUUGAUGAACUUAUCUUUAAAAAAGAAUGAUAAUAUUAAUGAUUUUAUUAAAUCAGCUAAGAUAAAACGGGAAAAUACCACCAAAAACCAUUCCAAUGACGUAAUUUGGGUUGAGACACCUAAUAAUAUUAUUGAUCUAACAGAUGACGUACAAGAAAAUGAAGUAAAUGCAGCAGAUAUAACUCCUAUCAGCAAAAUCGAUUCCCCUACACUAGAAAAUCUUAAUAAAGAUAUAACAUGUAAGGAAAAUUUACAGAAAAUUGAUAAAACUAUAAGCGUUAUAAAUGAAAAUACAGACCAAUCUAUGGAUUUGAAAGAACACGAUUUGAUUGAACGAAGUUGUGAAAAUAACCCAAGCUAUGAUAUAUCAAAUACGGAAACAGACUGCGUUAUAAAUGAAAAUAUAAUUCAAUCUAUAGAUUUUAAAGAACACGAUUUGGUUGGAAACGAACAGAAAAGUUGUGAAAAUAACCCAAACUAUGAUAUAUCAAAUAAUGAAACAGACCGAGAUAUAAAUAAAAAUACAGACCAAUCUAUGGAUUUGAAAGAACACGUUUUGAUUGAAAAUGAACAGAAAAGUUUUAAAAAUAACCCAAGCUACAACAUAGUAAAUACGGAAACAGACAGCAUUUUAAAUGAAAAUAUAGAUCUAACUAUGGAUUUGGAAGAACACACUUCAACUAAAAAUGACCAGGAUAGUUGUGAAAAUAACACAAGUUGUGAUAUAUCAAAUACUGAAACAGACCGUGUUACAAAUGAAAAUAUAGACCAAUCUAUGGAAUUGAAAGAACCCUAUUUAAUUGAAAAUGAACAGCAAAGUUGUGAAAAUAACCCAAACUAUGAUAUAUCAAGUAAUGAAACAGACCGCAAUAUAAAUAAAAAUUCAGACCAAUCUAUGGAUUUGAAAGAACACGUUUUGAUUGAAGAUGAACAGAAAAGUUGUGAAAAAAACCGAAGCUACAACAUAGUAAAUACGGAAACAGACACCAUUUUAAAUGAAAGUAUAGAUCUAACUGUGGAUUUGGAAGAACACACUUCAACUAAAAAUGAUCAGGAUAGUUGUGAAAAUAACACAUGUUGUGAUAUAUCAAAUACUGAAACAGACCGUGUUACAAAUGAAAAUAUAGACCAAUCUAUGGAAUUGAACGAAUCCGAUUUGACUGAAAAUUAACAGAAUAGUUGUGAAAAUAACCGCAUUAAAAAUGAAAAUAUAGGCCAAUCUAUGGAAUUGAAAGAACCCUAUUUAAUUGAAAAUGAACAGCAAAGUUGUGAAAAUAACCCAAGCUAUGAUAUAUCAAACAUGGAAUCAGACCGCGUUAAUAAUGAAAAUAUAGAUCAAUCUAUGGAAAUAAAAGAACCCGAUUUGACUGAAAAUGAACAGAAAAGUUGUGCAAAUAAGCCAAGUUAUGAUGUAUCAAAUACAGGAACAGAGAGUACAUCAACUAAAGAAAUAGAAAAUAUCGAGUUGAGCAAAGACUUAGACCUAAAUGAUGACGAUUUAGAAGAGCUACAGCACUUCUUAAAAUCCGUUGACUGAUUUCAAGCCUAAUUUUUGUUAAAUGGGAUUUGUAUACUUACAUUUCAAGUGAUAACUAAUUAGUUCUUAUGUUCAAUGUGGGUAAAUUAACAUUUAACACUAGGAAGAUAACAUUUUGAAAAGCCUAGUAAGACCCAGUACCGUAAAUGCGUACAACAUGAGACUCGAAGGUAAACUGAGACUAAACUUCCAUGGCAUAUAUUAUUACAUGUAGUAUCAUUAUUAUUUUGGCAACACUGACAGUUCAGUUUCAAAUUUGUUGUGUGAGGUUCCAUACUUGCUGUCGUGAAGGAUUUUUUACCAGUAAUUAUGUCUUCGCGAAGACGAAGAGUUCUCGGGGCGAAACCCUACCGAAAUUAUAGUGAGUACACUUUGAAAGCUGCUAUGGCAGCAGUUGACACUGGCAUGACUUUGAGGGAAGCGGAAGAAAAAUUUAAAAUACCUCGAGCAACUAAAUAGAAAACACCGAAGGCUACAAUUAAACAAAGUCGGCCGUCCUAAAGUUUUCAGUGAAGCUCUGGAGGUCUUUGUGCAAUUAAUCAUUACAGCUGCUGCUUGGGGAUAUCCACUAUCAGGUUUAGACCUAUCUUUACUCGUGAAAUCACAUCUAGAUAGGCUAGGUCUAAAUGAGACACGUUUCAAAGGUAACUUACUGGGACGAUAUUGGCUGGAAGGUUUUCUACGGCGCCAUAAAAGCACUUGUAAAAGCAUCUGUAAGGCUCUCAGAAAAUAUUAAACGCCGAAGAGCUGGAGUUACGCAGGAGACAUUAAAAUCAUACUUCCAAGAAUUAAAAACCACCUUGGAGGAUGUAGAUCCGGCCGCAAUAGUAAAUUUUGACGAGACUAAUAUGUCUGAUGACCCGGGACGCCCGAAAGUGUUGGUACGUCGAGGUAUCAAGCAUGCUCAUAAAAUCAUUGACUCAUCAAAAUCAAGUACCUCCGUAAUGUUUGCUGGGACAGCGUCAGGUGUUCUGCUUCCACCGUACGUCGUUUAUAAAGCGGAACAUUUAUAUAAUACUUGGACGGAAGGAGGACCUCCAAAUACAGUUUACAACCGAUCUCGGAGUGGAUGGUUUGACACUACAAUAUUUGAGGAUUGGUUUUUGAAGGUCAUUAUUCCUUAUGUUGAAUCGUUUAAUGGCAGAGGACCCGUGGUUGUAAUUGGUGAUAAUCUGAGCAGUCAUUUUUCAUUAGAUGUGAUACAAAAGUGUACUGACUGUAUUAAAUUUGUUUGUUUACCGGCAAAUAGUACGGGGUUGUGCCAACCCCUCGAUGUAGCAGUGUUUCGACCAUUAAAAAUAAAAUGGAGGUCUGUUCUGCUGUCUUGGAAGGAAAAAAAUAGAGGAGUAAUGCAGAAGCAUGAAGCGAAAAAAAAGGUGGCACUUAUUCCAGGUAAAGGUGUAACAGUGGAGGAGUUAUUCGAAUCAUUAAAGACUAAGACGAAACGUAAUAAAACGAAAAAACAAAAAAAAAGAUCGUCGAUGAUGAAAGCACUUCCUGCAGUGAUUUAGAAGAAUGGAGGGAAGCAGUUUUGAAUACUGCAAACUCAUCAUCCGAUGACAAUAAUGAGUUCGACACAGUGUUUUUUGAUGAUGUUCAUGACAUGUUUCCUGAUGAUGAUGAAAGAUCGGCGUCACCACAUAUAACUAACAUCCCACAUAAAGAGAACCAAGAAAAUGAAGAUCCACUCAAUGUAGACCAAUCGGUCUAUACUGACGAACAAUUUAAAGUUUCUGUACCUAGUGAUGGUGGUGCUGGUUGCUCUAAAGAUAUCGAUACAGAAAUUGUAAAUAAUUCGGAGAUUUCACCAGAUUCUUUUGUUGUUGUAGAAUUACUCUACAAUGAGAAUACGAAAAAACAAACUGAAAAGAAGUUUAUUGCUCAAGUUACGAACAUGGUUAGCGACGGAAAAGUGACCUGUCGCUUCAUGAGAUGUUGUAAAUAUGUAAAUACCCUUUGUAGCUGAAAAGCUACAAAGGGUAUUUACAUAUUUCCAGCAGUGGAUGACAUGAUGACAAUUGACACUUCUCGAAUAAUAAAUACAAUUAAGCCCACUCAAGUGAAAAGGGGAAAAUACAUUUUUAAUAUUAAUAUUUACUUAUAAGACUAAUAAAAUUGUGUAAAAUAAUAUUUUUUGUGCGCACUUCAAAGCGUAGGUAUGCAUAGGUAUAGCCUAUGUAUCGCAAUAAAACGUUCCUAAUAGCUUAGACUCCAAUUUUGAUCUCAAUGUUUAAAUUUUAUUAUAAGUUGCAAAUGUUAUUAAUUUACUUAGUGUUAAAGGCUAAUUUGAGACAUGUGGGCAAAUUGAGAUCUCAAAUUACCUUCGGUCUCAAAAUCGAGAUUUAUGUUGAUUUAUUUUUUGACGAUUUAUGAAGAAGUUUGUUUUUUGUUUUUGAUUUUUGAAGAACUAGUAAAAGAUCUGGUAAGAUUUGGAGAUAA